UGUAGCUCCAUUCGAUGAUGCAAUACUUGCGGUUGGAAUACUUAAAAUCACGAGUUGUUUUUUCCUCUCCUGCAUUGGCUGUUCUGGAUAGCAUCAGCACGUGUCAUCCCUCCGUAUAUAAAGGCUCUGGACAAGCGAACACCCAGUACAGCAAGUCAGCACUGAGGGUAACAAUGCUGCCCGUGUUUCUGCUUGUCGCCUCGCUGGCCAGUGUGGAAGGCUUCAGCAAAGAUCAUUGCUUGGGAUAUGAUGUCCUCUGCACCACUGCGGAUUAUGAGAUCCGCCAUUACAAUGAAUCGGUCUGGGUCGGAAUACACUUCAGGCUGGGCUUCGAUCUCAGACCUUACGUGGUACCGCUGCACUACUAUCUCAAACAGCAAAACUCGGAAGGGAUGGAGAUCCAACUGACUGGACAAUUUCUCAUUUCAUUCACCGGGCAUGGAGCGUCUGCAGUCUACUACAUGCUUCCCGAAGAGCUCUGGGACAAUCCUCCAACAGCAACCGACCCACGAGUGUUCGUCACUCGUUUACCAAUGAUGGAUGUGUUCGCCAUGAAAAGCCAUUGGUUUCACUUUUCCGACCUAGUUGAUUACAAGCGCAAGAUCACUGCGCAGAAAGUCCAUGUCAACAAUUCCAACUUCUUCCUGUAUUCCUGCUUGAGGGACUCAGUGGUGAUCCCUACUUGGAUUACAGGUCAGGAGAUAUGGUUCGUUGCCACCGGCGGAUUCGACUGCCCGGCCCAGUGAGGCCAACGAGGACGCUUUGGAUCCUCCGCUUGUUUCCUGUUAAACGCCGCUUUCUACAUGCUCUCCACUGUUAAUUUACUCCCAACACCGCCACUCAGUAAUCUCAGCACUGGCCUGUUCACCCGUGGGGUAAUGCCAGACACUGAAUAUCCGUGACCAACCCGUGUGGGAUCAUCACCUACUCUCACAGGGGCCGCAGAGUGGCUGUAUUCGGAGCCCAGUUCUGGGACGUUGGCAACUGUGGUCCUUCGGCUGACACAGGACUAUCUGACCUUUGUAAUGCGAUGUGGCCCAGAAAUGAUGUUACCUUGUCGGCCUGGUUCGAUUUGUCACGACUUCCAGACAGAUUGGACGUUUCCUAGGAUCUCUUUCAUUCCGUGCGUAACAGUACGAUAGAGAACACGUCCAGAACCGCGAGGAAUCCCAGACUGACGUUUGAGGUUCGAGUGGAUGUCUGUGUUUCUUAUGCGAGUACACGGCGGAAAGUCAAGAGACACGGGCCACUUCCGUCGGACCGCACGGGUUUUCGGCACCAGAGCUGUGUAAAUACUGGGCAGAACAGCCGGCGGAUGUUUGAUAUGAUCCACUUCCUGUGUUGAUGUAACUGUAAACACUCUCGUGUACUCUGAUGGUAGCAGGGGUUCUAAUAUUUCUUUUUCCACGGCAUGUGGCAGCUCCUUCUCGGAGCUCACUACUGACCACACUGCCUUUCUGACAUAUGUCCCGCGGUGGUAUAACCGUUUCCCAAAUUAACUGCAUGAAUCAAUA